AGUUCAUUUUCUACGAGUGAGUCACGGAUAGUGGAAGAAGAAAACUAAUUUUAUUACUAAUGAUGCCAUUAAUUUAUUUCUAGAUUUUAAAGUCAUGCGGGAAACUGCUAAAAUAAAGAAGUGAAACUAACAGUAAUGCUCUCAUGUGCAAAAGUAGAUAUAAACCGUUCAGAUCAGAUGUGUGUUGAGCCAGUGCGGUUAACAGUGUAUGCACUUCCCACACGUUUCACACACACUUAAAGCAACACGUCACUGUCACUAUAGCAACUCUAGCAGAAUUAAUAACCAAAGAUAAUAACCAGAGGAGGAGCUGUAACUGUAUACAAUGAAGAGGAAGACGGACAGAAACGGACAGAAGCAGAAAUGUCUGAUCAGUGUGAUCUGUGUCUGCUGGGACUGAUCAUUCUCUCUUCACUUCUCACAGGCACCAGUGGAGUGGAUGAUGAUCAUGUGUUCAUCAGUUCUGGUGUAGAUGUCCGUCUGCCCUGUAAUAAUGCUCUUUCUGACUGCAAAUCAACUACAUGGAACUACUAUAACAAAUUCAGACAUUCAUCAGCAGUUGAACUGAUUGCUGGAGGGAUAAAGAAGAACGACACAGAGAGACAUGAGAGACUGAGUCUGGAGUCUGACUGCUCUCUGAACAUCAAGAACGUCACAGAAGAAGAUUGUGGAUCUUACAGCUGCAGACAAUAUGUGAACGGCACGCAACAAGGAUCUGAUACACGCGUUUAUCUGCAUGUUCUUCGUGAGUCUGUGAUUUGUGUCUUGUGUUCAGUUUCAGUGUCUCCAUCAUCAUCUUCAUCUUCAUCCUCACAGACUGAGAUCAGUCCAGGCCGCUCUGUGACUCUCUCCUGUCAGUUGAAUUCUGGAUUCUCCUGUAAUCAUUGGGUUCAUUAUGAGAGAGUUGAGCUGUUGUGGGUGAAUCAGGCUGGUGUUGAUCUGAAGACACACUCCAGAUAUCAGAUAUCAUCAUCAUCAUCAUCAUCAUCAUCAUCAGAUCGCUGUAUCAUCAUCAUCACUCUGACUACAACACUCCUGAAUGAAGAUAACAACAGAGAGUGGAGAUGUCAGCUUACUCACAGAAAUCAACUCCAGACGUCAGUCACAUACACUGUCAAGUAUUCAGCUCAAGCUGAUACACCAAUAACAGGCACAAACUCUCAGGAUAAUUUGACUACAAUCACAGUCAUAGGGAUUUCUGUCGCUGCAGUCGCUGUUCUCCUUCUUGCUCUUCUCUGGCUGAUCUGCAGAAAAACAGCUGGUAAUAAAAGAGGGACUGGUGACUCUGCGGUCAAAGAUGAGAAUGAAGAUAAAGGGACGUAUGAGACGAUCAACAUGUCCAUUCCUCCUGCUGCAAGAGCCGAUGAGCAGACAGAUGAUGUCACUUAUUCUGAGGUCACUUCUUCCAACACAAAGCCAGUGAAAGCUCUCGAUGAUCAUAAUGAUACAGUGACUUACGCUGCCAUCAGAGGAAGAGAAGAUAAACCGCAGGAUCAACUUUACGCCACUGUGAACAACAACAAGUAAAUGCAUUUGCGCCCAUGGGCUGCUGGACUGAGAACGAGGUGUGUGUUCAGGCGCGUUGCUAUUUUGAGGAAAAUGAAAUAGACUGAGCCG